AUGGGACUUGUCACCGACCAAAAGCUGGGCAAUGCCCACAUUGAGCUCCUAGCACACACAACACGACGCUCAGCCCUACAUCUGGAUGUCCUCAGGAGCUGCUUAUCGUUGAAAGAGGAACUCUCGACAAGCCGACAAGCCAUCGAUCUGCUGCAGCGAACGACGCAGGAUCUUGAUGCUGGUCUUGCGGUCUCUCAGGCUCUUGAUCGUCUCGCUGGUCUUCUCUUGAUACCUGAGUGCACGCUCUCUACCGCCGCACACUUCAAGCCUCUGCUGUUGGAUCUCCUAGUUCGAGCAUUCAAGCAGACUGACAGCGUCGGCACAUCCGAUGUCACAGUCAUCGCAAAGGCUCUGCACACCAUUGCAAUCUUGAUCAGCAUCUUCCCAGAGGUGUACGAGCUUCUCACCAAGUUUGUCGGAAUUUCCGACUUCUCCUCGUUUCACCACAAGCUCUCGUCGGAGCAGCCGGAAGUGCUGAAUCAGGUGCUGCUCGACCUCUAUCGCAUCAUCUCUGUCGCUCCAUUCACUCUACAAGGUGAUGUUGACCUUUCCUACGCUCGAUGGGCUCACAGUAUUGUGCUUUCCUCGCAACUUUCCCUUUCUCUGCCAACUCGCCUUCUUGCGCUCAGCUUUCUCACAUUGCAGCACGGCCUCAGCGAAAAGGCCCGUCUGGAACUUCAACAGCACUCUCUCAACUUACUCUCUCUCGGCACAUCCGAGCCGUUCAGCAUCGAUGCUGUGGCUCCUCUCGCUCUGGAACCUACAGGAAUCAAUGUUUGGACACUUGAGACAGAAGAGUUCUCACGCAUCGAGUUUGCUAAGAAGCAAGUCGCAUCUCAACAGCCAAUCUUCUUGCCCUCGCGGCAACACAAGAUCGGCCAUUCGGGCAAGGCGAAAGCUCUCUCUCUUGACGCACUCUCGCCCGAAGUUUGCUGCAUCGGUGGCGUGCUGCUGCCAUGCCCACCACGCACAAAUCAUGUCUGCAACUCAGCUCUCCUCGAAGAGCGAUUCGUCGAGACAGCUGGUAUCACGCCCUCGCUCUCCGAACUCGCCCUCCGCCUCACCAUGAACUAUCCCAUCUUGCUCUCCGGACCCCCUUCCAGCGGCAAGUCAACCUUGAUCCGUCAUCUCUCUCACCUUCUCAAGGGCGUUGAGGCGCACACUCCGGCUAGCCACAUCCUCACCAUACAGCUUGGCGAUCAGUCCGGCAUCGACGCCAAGCAGCUCCUUGGCUCUUUUGUCUCCAGCCCAACAGAGCCUGGAAAGUUUCAAUGGACCGAAGGAGCGCUCACACAAGCCGUUCGUCAGGGCAAGUGGGUGCUCUUGGAGGAUAUUGAUAAAGCAGGCUCCGAGGUUCUCAGCACCAUCGCACCUCUCGUCGAGCAGCUUGGACCAACAAAGGCACUUGGCACUUGCCCUAUCGUCGACCUAGGCAGUCGUGGCAAGGUCACAGCAGGCCAUGGAUUUGCUCUCUUCGCUACAAGAUCCAUUGCCGCAUCAUCGACACGACAAGCUCCUUCCACUGCUACAUUCUUAGGCAGCUCGCACUGGUCCGAGGUGUAUAUCCACUCGCCAUUGCAGACUGAUGUCAUCAGCAUCCUUCACAACAAGUUUCCUCGCCUCACUGCGCAGCAGUCCCGCUUUGUCGAACGCUUAGUCGCCACUUGGUACAAGUUGCAACGCGCCACGCAACCCUCGCCAGCUUCCGCCCAAGCAGCGGCCAAGGCAACAGCUCCCAGUGCAGGCAGCGUUCGUACUGCUACCUUGCGCGACCUCAUCAAAUGGUGCAGACGUGUUGAACGUCUUCUUUCCACAGAGCAUGCCAUGCUCUCGGAUCCUUUCAGCAAUCCCGUCCAGCAAGAGGAGAUCUUUAUCGAAGCAUGCGACGUCUUUCUUGGCUCUGUACCAUCACCACACGAUGCUUCAGUAGCAGCCGCAACUGGUUCGCAGCCUUCGAAGCCAGUCAGCGGCAAGAAUGUGGAUCGCUACAGCAGCUUGGUGGAGCUGCUCGCUGAAGAGCUUGGCUUGACAAGUGAGCGCGCUUGGUGGGCACUCAAGCAGCGCAUCCCAGAGCUGUCAGUCAGAGCACUAGAGAACAUGCCGGAUGCCGGCCCUUUGGACCCUUCUCUAGAAGCAGGCACCAGUCUCAUCCGCGUCGGUCGCUGCGAGCUGAUCCGACGAUCCAAAGCGAUCGCCAAACGUGCUGCACCCGUCUCGCGCAAGUUUGCCAUGACAAAGCCUUCCUUGUUGCUGCUCGAGAGGCUUACCGUAGCUACUGCACUUGCCGAACCCCUCCUCCUUGUUGGUGAGACAGGUACAGGAAAGACCACUGUGGUUCAACAUUUGGCUUCACUCCUCGGUCAACCCAUGGUAGCCCUCAAUUUGAGCCAGCAAACCGAGAGUGGCGAUCUACUCGGCGCAUUCAAACCACUCGACUCUAAACUGCCAGCUACCGAGCUGCACGACCAGUGGAGCUCGCUCUUUGCGCGAACCUUUUCAUCUCGCCGCAACGCUCGCUUUGUCGAGACAGAGCGUAAGGCUUUUGUUGCUGGCAAAUGGUCUCGCUUGGCUCUGCUGUGGCGUGAAUCCGCCAAGAUGGCAUCCUCGCGCAAGAAAGGAGCAGCAAAGAGCAACACUACUGAUGGUGUUGACGACGAGAUGACCACCGACGACAACAAUGUUCGUCCCGGAUCUAGCUCGAGAAAGAAGCGCAAAACCGAUCGAGGAGCCACCGAAGGCUCGCCCGCUGACCUCGAUGAUGCACGCGCCGAGGCGGAGCUCAAUUAUGAAUGGAUCGAGUUCGAUGCUAAAGCAAGGGACUUUGGCCUCCAACAUGGCAGCAAGAAGAAUAACCUCGUCUUUUCCUUCGUCGAGGGUCCUCUGGUCAAGGCACUGCGACAGGGAGACUGGAUUCUGCUCGACGAAAUCAACUUGGCAGCCGCCGAGACGCUCGACAGCCUCACAGGACUGUUGCAAUCACCCACUUCGAGCAUCACCCUCACCGAGCGUGGCGACCUGGAGCCCAUUCCUCGACAUCCCAACUUCCGCCUAUUUGCUUGCAUGAACCCGGCCACCGACGUCGGCAAGAAGGAUCUUCCAGCCAGCUUGAGGUCGCGUUUCACCGAGCUCUACGUGCCCAGCCCUGACGCUGACCGCGAUGCGCUCACCGCCAUUGUGGACAAAUACAUUGGCGAGCAUGCGUUGGGCGAUCGAGGCGCUAUCAUGGAUGUCGCCGAGUGUUACGCCGAGAUUCGCCGCCUGGCUCAGCAACAUCAGUUGGCGGAUGGUGCCAACCAGCGACCUCACUUCUCCAUUCGAACCUUGUCGCGCGCUUUGACUUUUGCCACCGAUAUUGCCCCUCAGUACGGCUUGCGACGCAGUCUCUGGGAAGGUUUCGUCAUGGCCUUCACCUUGUUGCUUGACGAAGCCAGUGCCAGGAUCGUACGUGCCAUCAUCGAGCGUCACACCCUGUCCAAGGCAAAGAACGCCCGUGCCAUUGCCACUUUCGUCCCGCCGGCACCUCAGGGGGCCGACGACGGCAAGUUUGUCCAAGUGGGUCCCUUCUGGCUACCCACGGGCCCAGCAACCCUCAACGCUGCCGAAGACUACAUUCUUACCCCUUCGGUGCAAAGCAAGCUUGUUGGCUUGUCGCGAGCCGCAUUGACUCGUCGCUUCCCAGUGCUCAUUCAAGGCCCUACUUCGGCGGGCAAGACCAGUGCGGUCGAAUAUUUGGCUAGACGCACUGGACAUCGCUUUGUCCGUAUCAACAAUCACGAGCACACCGACGUACAAGAGUACAUUGGCUCCUACGCCUCGGACCCCGACUCCGGCAAGCUGUGUUUCCAAGAGGGACUGCUCGUCAAAGCACUCCGAAGGGGAGACUGGAUCGUGCUGGACGAGCUCAACCUGGCUCCCACCGAUGUGCUUGAGGCGCUCAAUCGCCUUUUGGACGACAAUCGCGAGCUUGUGAUCCUCGAGACCGGCGAGGUGGUCAAACCUCACCCACACUUCAUGCUCUUUGCAACGCAGAACCCGCCAGGACUCUACGCCGGACGAAAGGUUUUGAGUCGAGCUUUCCGCAAUCGAUUUCUUGAGCUCCACUUCGACGACGUUCCACGCGCCGAGCUCGAGACUAUCUUGACCAAUCGAUGCAAGAUCGCGCCUUCCUACUCUUCGCGCAUCGUCGGUGUCUUCGAAGAAUUGCAGAAGCGCCGACAGGCCGGUCGGGUCUUCGAGACUAAGCAAGCCUUUGUGACGCUACGUGACCUCUUCCGCUGGGGCGAUCGCGAGGCUGUAGGCUACCAGCAGCUAGCCGAGAACGGCUACAUGCUCAUCGCUGAACGUGCACGUCGCGCGGAUGACAAAGAGACGGUCCGAGAGGUCAUCGAGAAGAUCGUGAAGGUCAAGCUCGACGUCGAUCACAUGUACCGCCUGGAAGGUCCGGAGAGCGCAACGGCAAUGUCGCGAAUGGGUAAUGGACUCGGAAGCGCCAUCAUCAGCGCUCUCUCCAACACUAACAUUGUAAGGACUUCGGCAUUCCAGCGAUUGCUCUGUUUAGUCGCUACGAGCUUGCGCUACAAUGAGCCUGUGCUCCUUGUCGGAGAGACCGGUGCCGGAAAGACGUCGGUGUGCGAGGUGCUCGCCACCGCUUUCGGUCGCCAGCUGCACUGCGUCAACUGCCACCAGAACACAGACACCGCCGAUCUUCUGGGUAGCCAGCGUCCUCUGCGUAAUCGUGCUGCUCAACAGAGCUCAGCCAAAGCAGCUUGCCUCGAGGCUCUCGACGCCCUGCAGAUUGCUCAUGUCCUAAACGCAGAGAGCAAGCUUGAAGACGUCUCCUCCUUUGUCGAAGCAGUCUUGUCCAAGGAACACGAGCAGCUUGCUUCCCUUGGCCAGUCAGAGAGGAAGGAAGCGCGAGCCAUGCUGCAAGGUGCGCUGCGCAGCAUCUACCAAGCCACCGCACUGUUCGAGUGGCAAGACGGUCCCUUGGUUCAGGCGAUGCGCGCGGGCGACCACAUUCUGCUCGACGAGAUCUCCUUAGCAGACGACAGCGUGCUGGAGCGCCUCAACAGUGUCCUCGAGCCUGCGCGAACCUUGGUCCUGGCAGAGCGCGCCACGUCAUCCAGUCACCUCAGCUCUGAGGCAGAUAUCUCAGCAUCUCAGAUCACGGGCGCUGAUGGUUUCCAAGUGCUUGCUACGAUGAAUCCUGGUGGCGACUACGGCAAGAAGGAGCUGUCACCCGCCCUUCGCAACCGUUUCACCGAAAUUUGGGUCCCUCACGUUGACAUUCGCAGCGAUCUCAUUCAGAUCAUCAAUGCGCAGUGGAAGGACGCCAGCCUCUCUGCAUGGACAGAGCCCAUCAUCGACUUUUCCGACUGGUUCAUCCAUCAAAUCGGCGGCCGCGAUCAGUCUGGUUUGGGUUUGCGAGACUUGCUCACGUGGGCGUCUUUUAUGAACGAGCUCUCCAUUCAUGCCGCGCUGGAUCCGGCCUUAUCCUUUGCUCAUGGCGCCUCAUUGACCAUCAUUGACGGUCUUGGAGCCUUGCCUGCCACUGCAGCAAUGACUGCUGGGGGUCUGGAUCAGCUUCGUGAUGGCUGCCUAGCCAAGGUUGCCGAGCUCAUUGCGCCACAGGAGUACGAUCCAAAGUUGUCGACACUCUUCGAAGUGGACGUCUCUAACGAGCGUCUGCGUAUCGGCCCAUUCUCGAUCCCACGCGGAAAGCUUGGUCUGCCCACAGAGGGACCUAACUCGUUCAGUUUCGGCGCCAAGACGUCCGCGUCCAACGCAAUGCGUGUCCUGCGAGCUUUGUCCGUACCAGGCAAAUCGGUUCUGCUGGAAGGUAGCCCCGGCGCCGGCAAAACCAGCUUGAUCAUAGCUCUGGCCUCAGCAGCUGGUCGACCUCUCACGCGCAUCAACUUGUCUGACCAGACCGAGCUCGUCGACCUCUUCGGUUCCGACAUGCCCCUGGAAGGAGGAGGACCUGGCGAGUUUGCUUGGCGGGAUGCUGCCUUCUUGACGGCGAUGCAGCAGGGCGGAUGGGUGUUACUCGACGAAAUGAACCUGGCCUCUCAGACUGUACUCGAGGGUCUCAACUCUUGCCUGGACCACCGUGGAACUGUCUAUGUGCCAGAGCUCGGUCGAUCGUUUUCCAAGCAUCCCAACUUCCGCAUCUUCGCUGCUCAGAACCCUCACCACCAGGGAGGCGGAAGGAAGGGACUGCCCAAGUCGUUCCUCAACAGGUUCAUCAAGGUACACAUCGAAGAACUGACCGGCGAAGACAUCCUUGCCAUCAGCACGCACUUGUAUCCGGACUUUGACCAGGAGACACUCAGCAAGAUGAUUCGGUUCAACUUCGAUCUGCAUUACGAAGUUGUCGUCAAGCAUUCAUUUGGCAGGAUCGGAGCACCAUGGGAAUUUAACCUGCGAGACCUUAUGAGGUGGCUCGACCUGCUUCACUCAAACCUCGGCUUGAACAAGCUCGAAGACCCGAUCGAGCAUCUCGCCUCGCUCUACGUGCAGCGAUUUCGCACCACAUCAGACCGCAAGGCAGCUCGAGCCCUCUUUUACAAGUCUUUUGACAGCACUUUGGCCGACGAAGCACGCACUGUCUCCACGAUCACUCCGGGACACGUGCGAGUAGGUCAUGCUGUGAUGCAACGCCGACCAGCUUUCGACGCAAGCAGGCAUCGCCUUGUGCUCCUUCAGAGCCAGCUUCCCGUGCUGGAAGCUCUGAUGGACUGCGUGCACAAGGAGUGGCUUGCCAUUCUUGUCGGACCUUCUGGAAGUGGCAAGACGAGCAUCGUACGUUUGUUGGCGCACUUGGCUGGCGCACGCCUGGAGGAGUUCCAGAUGAAUUCGGGCACCGACACGAUGGACCUCAUUGGCACUUUCGAGCAGUAUGAUCCUCGAGCUCGCUCUCGAGAUGUUAUUUCAGCCCUGCUGAUCGAGAUGCAGCGCUGCUCCGAGCGCGUCGCUAUGACAAGCAAUUCGCACUUUGCUGCCUUCCUCGCGGCGCGUCAAGUAUUGAGUUCCGCUGUCGGCUCCUCUUCCAUCUCUGUCGAUGCAAAUGGCCUGUUGGACGCGCUUGAAGCGGUGCGUGCUGCAACGAGCGCCUUCAAUGACGGUCCUCUGGGCAAAGCCGUGGAAGAUGCAAAGGCAGUCGCCCUUGAGCUCGUUCAGAGCCCGGUGGAUACCCACCGAUCAACCGGCAGAUUUGCAUGGAUCGACGGACCCUUGCUCCGGGCUCUACAGGAGGGUCACUGGCUUAUGUUGGACAACGCAAAUCUUUGCUCGGCUUCGGUCCUCGAUCGGCUUAACUCACUGUUCGAGCGCGAUGGCUCCCUGGUGAUCAGCGAACGCGGCGUAGUGGAUGGCCGGGUUCCCGUGGUACGACCACACCCCAACUUCCGCGUCUUCAUGUGUCUAGAUCCGAGACACGGGGAGCUGUCUCGUGCGAUGAGGAAUCGAGGUAUCGAGAUCGCUCUUCUUCCGCAAGCAGGCUCCGCCUCGAAUGACUUGGAGAGGCUUGCGACACUCUGCGGCGCUGACUCAACCUCCUCUACGAUGCCUUUACGAUCGACACAGAGGGAGCUCAUGGAUGCAUCACUCCACAUGCAGAUGGUGCAGCGUGGCCUCGAACCAUUUGACGCUCUCAACACAAGCCUGUCACAGGCAGCUAAUCUGAGAAAGGUGGCGUCGUGGAUCACCAGCCAGUUGAUUCUUGCAAAUUCGGGUUUGGCAUCAGCUGUAUUGCCCGUCUACCUUGCAGAGGUGAACGACGUUGCUUCAGAAGCAGCUGCUUCCCUGCUUCUCCGCUUGAGCUCGCCAAAAGCGCUCUCGUUGAUCAAACAAGUGGUCGCUCGUUCUCGGUCUUCGCUUUCCGAAACGGCGGCUGCUCUUAUGCAAGAUAUCUACUCAUCGCCGAACUUGCUUGAAGCGUCAAGGCGAGAUCUGCAACACAACCUGGUUGAGUCGAGGCGCAUCUCGCCAGAAUUCGCCGACUCUCUUGCGAUCGAUCUUCGUUAUGACGACAACAUCUCCCGUCUACUUGAACCGCAGCUGGGCCCGUCCGACAUCGUUCACCUCCUACUUGCCACCAUGCUUCAACGUCUCGGGGUAAGGAGAAUCUCGGAGGCGGCCUCAGCAAAGCGCGUGCAGGAGUUGAGCAUCUUGGAACGGUCAGCGAGGCUCAGCGGCACCGCUAUGGUCCAUGAUGAGGACCAAGCCACCACCGCUAUGCGCAACGUGUUCCCUCUCAUUGUUGCAAUCAAUCGAAUGGCCUCGUCGGCCCUACAAAGCGACGAUGCAUCUGCUUUGCCGCCUGCAACACUGCGUCAGCUCUCUCUUCUGAUGCGAGCCGCCGAGUAUCUGCAGAGCCUCUGCACCUCUUCCGAGCUCGACUUCUCUUCCAUUCAGAUCCUGGUGCGAUUCAUGUCAAAUCUGUUGCGGGACAUCAAUGCCGGAGGAAUAGAAAGCGAUGUCAACCUUGUUCAGACCAUCAACUUGCUUGGCGGCUCGUUGCAACUGACCUCUGGUCAAGCGCUUUUCCCCAUUUGGUCCCUUUUCGGUGCCGACGAGGGUAUGCAGACUAACCUGUACCGUCUGAUUUGCGACGAGAUCGCAAUGCUUCCGGUCGCAGCCGGUGAUCUGCUCAAAAACGCUAUAAGCGUGGCUGCGACGCUCUGCGCUGCCGGCAAGCAGUCCGCGGCGCCUUCCGAGCUCAGGGACAUGAUGCAGCUCGGCUGGCAGACUUUGAAGAUGGUUCAAGCUGCGAGCAACAAGCUUUCAGCACAGGGUCAGGAACAUGCCAGCAAGUCGGCAGCAUCGGCAAGGGCUGAAGCAGCGCUCUUGAAUCUUGCAGAAGUAUCGAUCAGAACGCCGAACUGCCUCGUUGGUGGAUCAGAAGCAUCAAGAAUGAGAUUGAUCAUGCAACUGCUAGAGUCUCACUCAUCGCCAUCAGUGCAAGCCGCUGCUGCCGCUUGCAAAGCCACUCUUUGGACACUCGACUCUGGAUCGGCCAAGUCGAACGCGCUACUCAGCGACUUUUCCUGGAUCAGGCGACUCUGGCCUGUCGGACCUGGCCAGGCCCCCAACAGCGACGGAUCGGCUGAUCUGCUUCGACCUACGUCCCUGCGGAUCUUGCUCGAGUCGCGUUUCGGAACGAGGUCGCUGAUGGAGAAGGCGCUUCACGAUACCACUAUAGGCCAAAUGAUCAAGACCGUCGGUGCCUCGCUGCCUGCUAGCUCGUCGUCGCGCGCAGAGAAGCUGGCUCAGAUCUUGAUCAGCUAUGUCUGCCGAGUCUCCGAGACACUCUACAAGGCAGCUGGCAAGGAUCUGGCAGAACACGACGUGCCUGCAUGGAAGUCCGUACAGGCGGUGUCCGACUGCUGCGUUGCACUAAAGACCUUGCAAGAAGCAGGCACAGCGCGGCUGCCGGAGGGUACCGCAGUCGCUCUGUCAGAGUGGGUUGCAUUCCUCGAGGCCGAGCUGACGCCCACGCUUGCCCUGACGCACAAGGAAGGUAGCGCCACCGCGCUCGGACGAGCCUGGAUGUCGGUAUCUAUGAUCAUGCUGCGCUUGUAUCUGCCCAACGUCGCUGUUGACCCCAUCGUCGCACGUAGAACGAUGGCAGACUUUGGCGACUUCUGUCGUUCGCAGCUCGAAGAGGCUCUGGAGCUGGAGCUAUUUGCCGAGUCCAUCAUCACAGGAGACACAAGCAACCGAGUCGUCCGCGAUCUGAUUUCACAGAUCGAAGAGACCAAGCUGCAACUCAGGACGCAAGGCGGCGAUCAGAAUCAGGCUUGGCGAAAGCCAAACCUCAAGCUCCUGUCGCAGUUCUAUCGAGAGACUUUUUCAUUCCUCAGGGAAGUUGUCACUGCCGAGAGAAUUGCGGAUCUGGUGCAAGCGAUGGUGAGCGAAUCUUCAGAGCAAGCGGAUCAACGGGAGGCCAGCUUACAGGCCAGCGUGCUCUCUUUCGGCGAUCGACUUCGUAAGACCUUUGCCGAACUGCGCGACAUGGUUGAGCCUAUCAUUGCAUCAUUGCUCCAGCUACAGCUCGGACUUCGCCUUGUCCGUCAAGCAGCCCGCAUCGCUUCGGCGCCGGCAGACGUCAAGCAGCGCAGUGCCAUCAUGGAGGCGCUGGUCACUUUCCCUACAGCGCAGAGCUCGACCCUGCUGCGUCAGGCAGAUCUUACCGGUCAGCUGCAGGCCCGCUCUGAGGUCUCAGCCUCACUAUUGAUCGUUUCGGCGGCAUCGAUCGCCUACGACCAUGCCUGCCUUGGCAUCCAAGUGCUCGAAAGUCCCGAUACGCUGCGCAACAUCAGCCGCAGUUACGAGCGCAUCUUUCAACUCUGGGCUCUGGAUAGAGAGAGAGCGAAGCGUGAGGAGGAAGAAGCGGCCAGCUUGUACAAGUCUCGAAAGAUCGAAGAGUCGAUUGAGAUGGAUGCUGAAGCCGAAGAGAGGGAAUUCCGCGCAUUGUUUCCCGAGUACGAUGACGACGUCCUCGACGGCCCCACAUCCGUUCAGGCAGCCGACGGGCACGACCCGUCGCGCUACACUGGCAUGCUGUUGCCUCCACCUCGCUUCAGAACCAUUCUUGAUGCGCAUAUGGCUAUCUUCGGAACCGCUUCUUACAAAGCUGGUGGCGAUCUUUACCAACGCGAACGAGACUCGCUUGUCACAAAACUUCUGCGCAAACACCACGAAGACUGGUCGGAGGCAUUGGACCAGAUAGGCGCUGCUUUCGGUCUCUCUGCAGCGAUUGACGAACAACUGGCGUCGACGCAGACGGCAAAGGACUUCAACUUCUACUUGGAUCCUCGACCCUCGGAAGUUCGCAAAGCAACGGCGAUUGUCGAGGAGCUGCGUUCACGACUGACCGCGUUGAUCCAGGAUUGGCCCGAACAGAUGGUGCUGCAGCACAUUCGCGACCGCUGCGAUGCUGUGCUGCGAAUGGAUGCAGCAAGCCCUGUUGCCAAGAUGUUGAGUGCCCUCGAGCAGCUGCUCACGCAUACCGAGGACUGGGAGGGCUUUGCAAGUCAGCAGACCUCCAUUCAGACCAGCCGAGAGCAAAUCUCAGCUCAAAUCAUCGAAUGGAGGCGUAUCGAGCUCUCCUGCUGGGCCGAGCUGCUCAACACGCAGGCACGAACAUUCCAGGAUGAGCUUGGAGAAUGGUGGUUCCGCGUCUACGAGAUCCUCAUUCGAGGUACGCGUGCAGCUUCAGCGGAUGGACCGGAUGCAUUCAAGGACCACGUCGAGCAAGUCAUCGACGCGAUCGAUCAGUUUGUUCGCUCCAGUCCCCUCGGCCAAUUCGAGGCACGACUUGCCCUUCUCGAGUCAUAUGCACGCUUCAUCGAACGCUUGGUGCGUUUGGCCCCGCCUAAGGAGAGUGGCGGCUUGAAGGAGGUAGGUGUCGUCCUGCAGAAUGUGACCACCUUCUUCCGUCAGUUCGACGAGCGGAUCUCGAGCACGUUACAGAGCCAGCGAGCGGUGCUGGAAACGGACAUCAAGAGUUUCAUCAAGCUUGCAAGCUGGAAGGACAUUAACGUUCAUGCGCUCAAGGUAUCUGCGGCGAAGACGCAUAGACAGCUUCACAAGACGCUGCGCAAGUUCCGUGACAUCUUGCGUCAGCCAGUCGAUCCCAUACUGGCAUCUCAUCUCGACGCACUUACUCGAAGAGAGAUUCCUGCACUGACUGUGGACUCGCUGAGCCACCGCAAGCUCAUUGACAUGGAGAGCGAGGGCACCGAAGCUUGGACCGAGGCAACCUCGAUCGCAGGUCUCAACGAGUCGGCUCCCGAACACAUUAGGCACCUCAGCAAGACCCUAACCGUCCUUCAGAAGAUGUCAGGCGAUCGACUCUGGCCAACGUUGCUCCGUCCUACGUCGACGGCUGCUGGCGUUUCUGAGAUGGCCGACGAGAUUGUGAGUCGCCAGCAGCAGCUUGCCAAGCUCACUCCCGCCUUCUCAAAGGAGGACAACGAGAAGGCGAUCAAGAACUUGACGGCUCGGAAGCGCAAGGCUUGGUCCGAUCUGCUCAAAGAGCUUCGACGCGUUGGCCUCAGCUCGUUCGUCAAGACUGACAUGACAGCAAUGAAUCAGAGCGUCAUGCACAUCUACACCCGGCCAGCGCUUCUCCCGGCUUGUCCCGCUUCGCUCGCAGACGAGCCCUUCUCUACGCUUGAGAGACUGUUCUUCCGCCUGCUUGCUGCGCUGCCCAAGGUCCGCGACUCGCUGCAGAACCACAGCGCCGAUCUCUCGACUGCAGAGCUUCAGCGAGGUGUCAACUACGUUGAGCACGUCACGCACUUAGUUCUGCAAGAACGUGACCGCAUGCACUCCGAGCUUCAGACCUUGUCUUCGCUCGAAGAGCUCAUUGUUCGCAUGCGUGAACUGCACGAUGCGGCCCUUGGCACGCCAUCACGCGCAUCGCGAACAGCGCCAUUCCGAGCUUUAGCUGACUUCCUUGCGCGCCUUGCCAAUGGCCUGGACGAAGUCAAGAAGCUGGCGCCCAAGUUCCUUGCCACCUCUGCCUUUCCAUCAGCCGGAAGCGACAUUCUGCUGGGACGUCUUCCAACUCUGUCCAGUGAGCUUGUCAAGCACGCUUCGCAGAUUGAAAGUAUGGUCAGAACAGCACAAAGCCACGUCGCCGACGGUCUGUUCUUCCUCACGGAACAAGAACGCACCUCGAUUCAAGGCAGCCGCAAGCUCAUCAAAGGGAUCGAAUCAGAUCUUCGCGGCUAUGUGCGAUCCUUACCCGCGGUGGAGUCGCUCUUGUAUCCAGUCUGGCAGUGGGCAGUGAGCGGACAAAGGUUGGUCGAUCGAUGCCUUGCUACUUUGGAUGCGCCUCUCAAGGGCUCCUGCAACGCGCAAAAGCUCGUACAGCAGGCAAACGCGUUGGUUUCUGCCGUCCUACAAGUCGCUCAAGACAUCCGUCGGGCUGCACCCACUAAGUCGACAGAAGAAAUGACCUCUGAGAACGGCGUCGACGGCCUUACCGACAAAGCCAUCACUGUCGAGCUGCAGACGCUGCAGACUCAGCAAGCCAUAUUGCGAUCCUCUUCCAUCCUCGCGGAAGUGCAGAAGCUCUCCUAUAUGGCCCAGCACCUUGCCAGGAAGCAAGAAGCAGAGGAGCUCGUACAGGUGCAGCUCGUGAGUGUCUAUCCUUUCCUGCACGAGUACGCGGAAUUGCUCCGAGCCCACUUGCUCGCAUCGGCACACUUCUCAAGAAGUCUGCUCAAGCUCGACCAUGUUCUUUGCCAUUUGAUGACCGCUCUAGCCAGCAAGGGGUUCUGCAAGCCUCCCGAAGAGCAGCCGAACGACGAUGGCGAAGGCGACGAGAGCGAGCAGCUCGAGGGCGGAACCGGUCUCGGAGAUGGCACAGGUGCCAAGGACAUCACCAAUCAGAUGGAGGAGGAUGACGAGAUCGAGGAACUCCAGAAAGACAAUCCCGCCGACGAAGGAGAUGACGGCGAGAAGACAGAGCGCGAAAAGAAUGCCAAGGAAGCCGACCAAGACUUUGGCGGUGAUCUCGAAGACAUUAGUGUCGACAAUGACGAAGACGCCGGUAGCGAUCAAGAUGGAGAAGAAGACCAAGAGCAAGAGGCGGAAGAUGCAAUCGGUGACGUCGAUCCUCUCGAUCCGAAUGCCGUUGAUGAGAAGGUCUGGGAUGGUGGUGACGAUGGACCAGAUGAGCAAAAGGACGCUCCCGAAGACAAGACGAACAAGGACCUUGGCGCCAACAAUGCAGAUGGCAAAGAGGCAGAUUUGAUGCCCAAAGAAGAUGAUGCAGCGGCGACCGACGAUAAGCAGAAGCAGGAGCAGGCAGGUGAUGGAUCUCGAGAAGACCAGCAGAAGCAGCAGGAAGCGGAAGGGAUACAGGAUCACAAUGACGAUGAACAGCAGGAAGACGGAAACGAAGCUGAAUCGGCUGAGACCGAGGAGCGCGACGGCGAGGGUGGAGCUACAGACGAGGAAAACGAGGAUGGCGAUGUGCAAAGGGAGGGCGGCGGUCGUCAACUCGAUCAAGAAGCCGAACAAGGCGAGAACCUCGAUCUGGACGAUGAUCUCAACAUGGACAGCGAUGACGCCAAGAGUGAUGGUGGCGAGGACGACGAUGGCCUCGACGAGUUCAGCGAUAUCGAACAGAUGCCUGAAGACCUAAAGGAGGACAAAGUCGACGACAGGGCGAUGGAUGACCUCGUUGAGGAUCGGCCUGAUACCUCCGCCGAAGAUCAACAGCAAGCCGAGGAGACUGCCGAAGGCGAAGCUACACAACAGGAGCCAGAGCAAGAUGCUCAGGUUGACAAGGACAAGGGUGAAGAUGCAAUGGAAGAGGAUGGCGAAGAAGAACGACCCGAAGCACAGUCCAAGCAAGAACGAUUCGGCAACGACGAUCCGGCUGGAGAUCAGCAAGAUCAAGUGGAUCCCUUCGACGUCGACGCGGUUGAUGCAGGUGCAGACGACGGCGGACAAGAUGAGUCGGCUACUCAGCAGCAAUCAUCUCGUUCUCAGCGAGGUAGGCGAGUCGAUGCACGCAAGGGUCAAUCGGAGGCCGAACAAGGCAUGGAUCUGGAUCAAGACGCGGAUGCGACCCAACAAGAUCAAGCACAGCAGCCAUCGUCAGCUGGUGAGCGUGGGGCACGCGCGCCCAAGGCCGAGCAAGAAGAAGCUUCAGGUGACGCUGAGCAAGAAGGCGAGGCUGGUGCCGAUCCUAAUCCGCUCCGAAGGAUGGGUGACGCGUUGGAACAGUUCCGACGCAGAAUGCAAGAGAUCCAGAGCGCUAGCGAAGAAGAGGAGGAGGAGCAUGUCUCGGGUGACAAAGCGGAGCAUGAUGGCGAAGGGAUGCCGGAAGAUGGUGACGUCGAGCACGUCACCAACGACGACGAUGCUGAGCUUCAGGCUCUCGGCGCUGCGCAAGAGCAAGACGAGGUUCGCAAACUUGGGGAUCUUGGUAUUGAAGAGAUCGACGAGUCUCUAGUUGCCAAACCUCGUGGCGCCGAUGUCAACGAACAAGAGGAGGCUAAGCAGCAAGAUCCCCAGCCUCUGCCAGAUCAACCAGAGAAAGCGGAGCGCAAUGAGGUUAGCGACAGUCAGCAGAAGGCGUUCAUGCCGUCCGACCUCAAGCCGCCUUCUUCGUCGUUCACUGCCGAACGGGAAGCACUGCUCGACGCUGAUGGCGAUGCCAACAUGGCCGACGACAUGCAGGUCAAGAAGGAGGAGGAUCAUGAAGAAGCUAUGACGCCUCUGCCGGAUGAUGUGCGAGAGCACGCUGACGACGAGGUCCAGCAGCAACUCGAAGCUUUCCGCAACGUCGCCUCUAGCGAAGAGAGAUUAGCUCGCGCUGGCGAUCUUUGGAGGUCCUACGCGUCGCUUACUGCUGACUUGGCCUUCUCCUUGUGCGAGCAGCUGCGUCUCAUCCUGGCACCGACGCUUGCAACUAGGCUCAACGGCGACUUCCGCACAGGUAAGCGUCUCAACAUGCGCAAGAUUGUUCCCUUCAUCGCCUCCGACUUCGCCAAGGACAAGAUCUGGCUCCGUCGAACAAAGCCCUCGUCGCGCGAGUAUCAGGUCAUGUUGGCCAUCGAUGACAGUCGAAGUAUGUCCGAGUCGCGCUCAGCGCAUUUGGCCUACCAAACACUAGCGCUUGUGACUGGAGCGCUCUCCCGCCUUGAGGUGGGUGAUGUCUCGAUCUGCCGCUUCGGUGAAGACGUCGACAGUCUGCACGAUUUUGGCAAGGGUAGCUUCAAUGAUCAGAAUGGCGCCCAUGUCAUCGAUCGACUCGGUUUCCAUCAAAAGAAGACCAACGUGCUCAAGCUCGUGGAGAAGUCGCUCGACACUCUCGCCGAGGCCCGUGCUGGCAGGUCUCCGUCGUCCGCUUCGCAAGGGGACAAUCUCUGGCAACUUGAGAUCAUCAUCUCCGACGGUAUUUGUCAAGAUCAUGCCAAGUUGCGGACUCUGUUGCGCAGAGCGGCCGAACAGCGUGUCAUGUUGGUGUUCAUUGUCAUCGACUCGUUGCAACCUGCCCCCGCCAGUGGAACAUCGACGCCAGCAGCAUCCAAUGGUGCCAAGAUCGCGCCUCAGCAACAGUCGCGAAGCUCGAUUUUGGACAUGACCAAUGCUUCUUAUCACACCGACGCUAACGGACGAUUGCAGCUCAAGAUGGAGCGCUACAUGGAUACGUUCCCCUUCGACUACUAUGUCGUGGUGCGCGAGGUGGAAGCACUGCCAGAGGUGUUGUCCGCCACUCUUCGACAGUGGGUGGAAAAGAUUCGCGAGACGGAGUCCUGA